AAAAUAUUGUACUCUGUAUUUCUGUUCUCUGUACUUAAUUUUCAUCAUUGAUUAUUAACAUUUACAAUUUGCUUCAUAAUAUUUUAAUGUUUAUUAUUGAAUUCAAACAAAUUGGUAUACCAAGUUAACAACAUUUAAGCGAAAAAUUAUUCCUACUACAUUUUAUAAAGACAUUAACACUUGACUUUUUAAGAAAUUUUGGACUGAUGUCUUCUGAUAGUAAAAGUGGAAUUCCCUCCAAUGAAGAAAUCAUAGAAGAACUCACUAAAGACUUGGAGAGUUCAGCCAUUAAAACUGAUAUUUCUGGCGAUGAUGUAUCUCAUCAUAGUGAAUCAGAUUCAGAGCUUGAUAAUAAUGUAAACGAAGAAAAUGAAAUUAAAGAUGAAGAUUACAUUGAUGAUGCGCUAUUACAAGCAAGAGAUGAUAAAUUACCAGAAGAUAAAAAACGGGAAUUAUUGCAAGAAGCUCUGAGUCUAAAAAAUGAAGGAAACAUCAAGUUUAAGAAUCAAGAAUACGAAGAAGCUUCUAAAAUAUACACUGAUGCAUUGCGUACUUGUCCAUUAAUUUUUCCAAAUUACAGAGCUAUAUUUUUUGCAAAUCGAGCUGCAGCCAAAUCUAACAUUAAUAUAGAAAGUGCUAUUCAAGAUUGUACUCGUGCUAUUGAGUUAGAUCCUGAUUAUUUAAAAGCAUAUAUUAGACGUUCUAAAUUGUUUGAACGAAAUGACAAGCUCGAUGAAGCAUUAGAUGAUCUAAAAAAAGUCCUUGAUAUUGAUCGAAAUUAUACUGAAGUAGCAUACAAUGCUAGAGUAUUACAAGAAAAAAUAAAUGAGCGUAAUGAAAAACUAAAAACUGAAAUGAUGGCUAAACUCAAAGAUUUGGGCAAUAUGGUACUAAAGCCAUUUGGUUUAUCUACCCAAAACUUCCAAGUUAACCAAGAUCCAAAUACUGGUGGAUACUCAAUUAAUUUUAAACAAUAAUUCAAUUAAAUAUUUUGUUACAACUUAUCAACUCUCUUUAGUUUGUAUAUACAAAUUUAAUUAUAAGUUUAUUAUAAAUAAAAACUAUUUGGUGAUAUAAACAUA